UGAAAUAUCGAGUGGCAACCCUGGCCCACGAUGAUGUGAAGCCGUCAAUGUAAUUUUUUGAUUAUUUAAAUUUUUGGUAUGAAAAUGCUAAUGAAACAAUGAAUUAGCGAUUAGUCCUCCUUGAAAGAGCUUUUUUCGCCAGUUAAAAAUCCAUCCAAUAAGAAAAUCCCGGAAAAAAUACAGACAUUCCAUUACAACUCAUUUGUUGUGACGUGUAAGAGGUUAUGUUGUACAGUUGAUCACAAGAACACUGAAAUUGGAUUAGUUUGAGGAUGUUUGAAAUAACAGACUCACAAAAAAUCGGAGUGGGACUCUCUGCAUUUGGAAUAUUCUUCAUUUUCCUGGGAGUACUAUUACUGUUUGAUAGAAGCUUACUAGCAUUAGGAAAUAUAUUAUUUAUAGCAGGCCUAGCGGCUGUUAUAGGAAGGGAACGAACAUUCCGAUUUUUCUUUCAGCGACACAAAGUAAAAGGGUCACUCGCCUUCUUUGGUGGGAUAGCCUUAGUUCUUUUUAGAUGGCCCCUAGUGGGAAUGAUAGUUGAAACAUAUGGAUUUAUAUUGCUGUUUAGUGGAUUUUUCCCAGUUGCCAUAAAUUUUUUAAGGAGGGUGCCAGUUUUGGGUACAAUUUUAAAUUUACCAUUAAUUAGUAGCGUAGUUGACAGAUUGGCUGGAAAUGCGAACAGAACCUCAGUGUAAAUAGUUUUAAGUUAUAUUCAUCUACAUAUCCGGUGUUGUACUAAUUUAUUCAUUGUAAAUUUUUCAUUUACAAAAUAUAUUCCAUUAUUGUACCAUACUGUGAAGGUUUGUUUAUAUGAUUUAAAGGUUCA